AUGGACACUACCAUACAGGUUCUGGAGAUCGCUAUAGCUGCCACAAAGGCCGUACCGGUCGCAGGACAUUACCUCGAGAGCAUCCUUGGUACUGCACUACAGAUCGCCAAGACUGCGGAGAGAGCGAAAUCGAACAAGGAAGAUUGUCAGCUGCUGGCGCGUCGUGCUGCAGCUGUCGCGGGGGCGAUAGCCAACAAGGUGAUGCGUAUGGAAGUGGAACAAGUCGCCAAUUUGAACUCAGAUAUCGAAGCCCUCCUAAGAACUUUGGAACGAACCUGGAAGUUUUCUCAUAAAUUAUCGGAGCUCAGCAUACUCAGCAGGAUCCGGAGCUACUCCAAGAUCAACGCGGAACUUAAGCAAAUUUCAUGUGACUUCCAGGAUGCGCUUAAUAUAUUCGGGAUCAAUUCUCAGCUUCACUCGGGAGUGGAGAUGGCGCAUUUGAGGAUAGCGCUCGAAGGUAUCCAACGUUCUGUUGACAGCGUCGCUGCGAUGCAGAAAUCGGAGAGUCUUUACGACGGCGACUUCAUGUUGCUCCGCAGCUCCGACAUAAUCAUUCAGAAAGAACUACGGCGAUUGCAAGGCGAAGAUUCAGUGACAUAUCUCGUCACUCUCCGCACAACAAAUGAAACACUUGUCAUGAAGAGGUAUUCUCGACGCGACGCUGCAUACAAUCUCAAGCUGAAGCUGCUCCGGGACAUGCGCCUCCGGUUCUCCCAUGUCGAGCAAUUGAUCGGUUACUCCCGUAGUGAAUCCACACCCUUCUACGUGACCCACACGGGUCGUACAGAUGUCAAGUCAUGCAUGACCAACAUAAGAUCUAUGGAGCAACUCAGGCAUGUGGUGACAUGGACCCAUGAAAUACAGGAUACCGUACAAUCUCUCCAGAGCUACAUGAUCCAACUCUAUGGCAAGAUAUGGCAUGGCGAAAUCAUGACAUGUAUGAUAACGUCCCGCACAACGAACCUUGGAGCGGUGCGGCAAGGCGACAUCAUUCCAUCCACCCUCUAUUUCUUUGAAUAUCCCCACGUCGAGAUCGGACCUCCGCACGUGGCCUGGGGCUAUUGGUCCUCGGAUGAGGAGGGAAACAAUACAUCGACUGUCACCUCUUGCUACUACGAUCGGGAAACGGGAGAUGGGGCGCGAUGGAGUCUUCAGCUGAAGCUGGAUGGAUUGACAUUCAUGAUGAGCCGUUUUACCGUACUGGACUACGCUGCUUUGACGGACGACCUCGUUACUCUUAUCAGGGACGGCCAUGCUGAGGACCAAAACGACGACGGCAGCAACGGUGGUAUCAAUGAAGAGAACCGGGGAUCAGAGGACGGCAGCGAGGAUGACUAUGUCGACGCACAAGACUUCUUUUCGUGA